CGGAAUAUGACGUCCAGUUGAUAAGAGCACUUGCUUCCUCGGUAUCAUUCGCAAUGGUGUAUCGAUAUGACCAGCUUACUUAUUGGAAGGACAGCUGAUCAACUCGGAAAAGCCCGCGGGACUGUCGAGCGGAAUGGCUCGGCUCAAAUCAUGGGUCUUGUUUUAGGACUCACGAUAAUCAUAUCAGAUAGUAAAGAUAACUUCACCACGGAGAGACCACUCAUAUCACCACUAUAUCUAUUAUUACUUUCAGUUUGACAACUUUAUAAAGCCAGUUUCGGCAUUAUUCUGACAGGAUAGCGCAAUGGCAUCACAAGUCAUCCGCAUGAAUGAGUUACCUUGGGGGGCGUCAGGUCAAGGCCAAAUGCCAGCCUUAGUCCACCCAGAUGAGCUCCGCACGGCGUUUGCAUUAGCAAUGUCGCAGAUGUACAGAAAAGAGGUCCCUUUAUAUGGUGAUCUUAUUCGAAUUGUACAAGGCGUAAAUCAGAGAGUUCUCGAAAAUGGCUCUGCUGGCCCGACGACAACAGACAGUCUGGAGCGGUUGACACUUGAGAGACAUGGUGCGAUCCGCCUGGGGAAGCCAACCGAGCUCCGAACCGUCGGACGCAUAUUCAAGGUAUUGGGCAUGCAAGCCGUGGGCUACUACGAUCUCUCGAUUGCUGGACUACCCAUGCACGCCACAUGCUUUCGACCUACGGAUGUAUCAUCUCUCGCGGCUAAUCCUUUCCGGGUCUUCACAACCCUACUCCGCCCAGAGCUGCUGCGAUCUGACAGAGCUCGUGAUCUUGCACUACGACUUCUGAAAAAGCGGCAAAUAUUUAGCGACGAACUACUGACUAUGCUGGACUUAGCCGAGCAACAAGAUCAUAGACUGAGCGCCGGACAGGCAGCGGUCUUUAUUCGAGAAGCUUUGACAACAUUUAGCUGGGCGCCCAUGGCCGAAGCAACUCAUGCAGAGUACCAAGUACUCAAGUCAGAACACCCUAUCCUUGCCGAUAUAGCUUGCUUCAGAACUGCUCAUAUCAACCACCUGACUCCCAGAACUCUGGAUAUCGGUUCCGCCCAGAGAGCGAUGUGUGAAGAGGGCAUGUCUGCAAAAGACCGGAUCGAAGGACCGCCCGUAAGAAAGUGUCCUAUUCUGUUGAGGCAAACGAGCUUUCUUGCUCUGGAGGAACCAAUCAUGUUCAAGUGCGGAACUCAGACGAGCGGAACUCUGAUAAAUGGUUCCCACAAGGCUCGCUUUGGAGAGAUCGAGGAGAGAGGCGCAGCUGUAACUCCAAAAGGUAGAAAACUUUACGACAAGCUACUUGAAGGGGCAAUGUCACAAGCACAAGGCGAAAGUCCUGCCUCAAUAGACCAACUCAUGAUCCAGUCGUUCGAAGCUUUUCCGGACUCCUGGUCGCAACUCCGUCAUGAGGGUCUUAUUUAUUGUAAAUACCAGUACGGAGGCAAACUGCUUCCAUCUUUCACGGUCGAAGAGCUUGAGUACACUGAUCUGGUAGAGCGAUUGGUGAGUGAGGGGGUUCUCGAGUGCGUCCCGAUCACGUACGAAGACUUCCUCCCUUUCUCAGCUGCAGGCAUUUUCCAAUCCAACCUUCAUGGCGCAACCCCGAGUGCAGACCAAGAUAGUCCGGCGGCAACACCAGAUAUUGAGGGCUUGGAGAAGGCUUUGGGCUCCUCGAUCAUUGACGCUGACCAACUUUAUGCUGAAAUACAAAGCAUGAGUUUAGAGUCAAGCUUAAUCCAACUGAGGUCGGUCAUAUUUACUCAGUAGUGGAAUGUCUAGGAUAUGAUGCAGUAGUAGGGAUAGUGUCGUUCAAUUGACUUGAUCCGAUUAAGAAAAACCUGACUAUCUAAGAUAUAUAGGGAGGACUAUUGUUGAUAUAUGACAGACUUAUAAUGAGUUGCACAUUGUUGUCCAUAGAGAGUUAUGAUAUGAUUCGCCACAUGA